AUGGCCAGGAAAGAGCAACCAACCCCGAGUAGUAACAUUUUCGUCAAUUACUUUUCCAAAUACAAUGAGCAGUUGAAAGAAGUCUUAUAUCAGCCGAAAAAUGAUACGGUUGAAGGAUACAUCACAUUGUUUGAGAGCAAAACGAAUAUCAAAAGAGAGCAGGUAAGGACUUAUAAAUAGGGUCAUAAUGACGUUGUUCUUUCAGGCCGCCUAUGCACUCCUUGGACUAGUUUCUUUAUACUUUAUUAUCGGAGCAUUUGCGUCCAUUAUCUGCAAUUUCGUUGGGUUCGCAUACCCGGCAUACCAUUCGGUGAAGGUAGGAAUAUUUUAAUAAAAUUUUUGACACAUUCUUUUUCGUCAUCAUCGAUGUAUCCUAGUCAUAAAGCAGUAGUUAUAAUUCUAAAAAUACUUUUCAGGCCUUGAGAACAGAAGCAGUUGAAGAUGACAGAAAAUGGCUGAUUUACUGGACUGUUUUCGCCUUUUUUUCGCUUGUUGACUUCUUCGCCAACCGCAUUUUAUCUUACUUCCCAGCUUACUGGCUUGCUAAGGUAUGCUUUAAAUUUCCAGACACUUUCCAUGAUCUGUUUAAGGUCGUUUUCCUGGUCUACCUGUACCUUCCUCAAACCAAUGGAGCUCUUUACUUGUACGAGAACUACGUUGACAAGAUCGUAUCCAAAUUUGACUCUCUUCUUGGAUUCCAGAAACCAGUGAAGACGGAGUAA